CUAAGGAGAGCCUGGACGGAGCAGUGAGGAGGAGAGCAGCCGCGAAUUGGGGCUUCCCCUUGCCCAUCCCUGGCCGCUGGCCCGGGACCGAAGCCACCUGAGCGAGCAGAGAGCCGUCACCCUGUCUUCGUUGCCUUCAGGGAGCUGCUAAGAAGAACAAAUAAGAUCACAGACGUGAAAGAGCUUUUGUCUCCUUAGAAGAAAGGCUGAGAAACUAAAGGUCAAGGGCAGCCCAGGUGCCCAAUUUCUCUCUCUCUUCACAAGGCACCACCAGCAAUAGAGAUGAGAAAUUCUGAAGAACAACAAAGUGGAGGAACCACAGUAUUGCAGCGUCUGCUACAAGAGCAGCUUCGCUAUGGCAAUCCUAAUGAGAAUCGCAACCUGCUUGCCAUACACCAGCAAGCCACAGGAAAUGGCCCUCCUUUCCCCAGUGGCAGUGGGAAUCCAGGUCCUCAGAAUGAUGUGUUAAGUCCCCAAGACCACCACCAACAGCUUGUAGCUCAUGCUGCUCGACAAGAACCCCAAGGGCAGGAAAUCCAGUCAGAAAAUGUCAUCAUGGAGAAGCAGCUCUCCCCUCGAAUGCAGAAUAAUGAAGAACUCCCGACCUAUGAAGAAGCCAAGGUUCAGUCCCAGUACUUUCGGGGCCAACAGCAUGCCAGUGUUGGAGCUGCCUUCUAUGUCACUGGAGUCACCAACCAGAAGAUGAGAACUGAGGGACGUCCGUCGGUUCAGCGCCUCAAUCCUGGGAAGAUGCACCAAGAUGAAGGACUCAGAGACCUUAAGCAGGGCCAUGUCCGCUCCUUGAGUGAACGACUAAUGCAGAUGUCACUGGCCACCAGUGGGGUUAAGGCCCAUCCACCUGUUACCAGCACGCCCCUCUCCCCACCACAACCCAAUGACCUCUACAAGAAUCCCACAAGUUCCAGUGAAUUCUACAAGACCCAAGGGCCGCCUCCCAAUCAGCAUAGCCUGAAGGGCAUGGAACAUCGAGGCCCCCCACCAGAGUAUCCCUUCAAGGGCAUGCCACCCCAGUCUGUAGUGUGCAAGCCCCAAGAGCCAGGGCACUUCUAUAGUGAGCAUCGUCUGAACCAGCCAGGGAGAACAGAGGGGCAACUGAUGAGGUAUCAGCAUCCCCCUGAGUAUGGAGCAGCCAGGCCAACACAGGACAUCUCAUUGCCACUCUCAGCCAGGAACUCUCAGCCUCACAGCCCUACUUCUUCCCUCACGUCGGGGGGUUCCUUGCCCUUGCUGCAGUCUCCACCGUCCACUAGAUUGUCUCCCGCCCAACACCCCUUGGUCCCAAACCAAGGAGACCACUCUGCUCACCUGCCUAGGCCACAGCAGCAUUUCCUUCCUAAUCAGUCUCACCAGGGAGAUCAUUACCGUCUCUCCCAGCCUGGCCUGAGUCAGCAACAGCAACAACAACAGCAACAACACCAUCACCACCACCACCUCCAACAACAGCAGCAGCAGCAGCAGCCAGGAGAGGCCUAUUCAGCUAUGCCUCGGGCUCAGCAGCCAUCUGCUUCUUAUCAACCAAUGCCAGCAGACCCUUUUGCCAUUGUUUCCAGAGCCCAGCAAAUGGUUGAGAUCCUCUCAGAUGAGAACCGGAACUUGCGGCAGGAGUUGGAAGGAUGCUAUGAGAAGGUGGCAAGACUACAGAAGGUGGAGACAGAAAUCCAGCGUGUCUCGGAGGCAUAUGAGAACCUUGUGAAGUCAUCCUCCAAAAGAGAGACCCUAGAGAAAGCUAUGAGAAAUAAGCUUGAAGGGGAGAUUCGGAGGAUGCAUGACUUCAACAGGGAUCUGAGAGAGCGUCUAGAGACUGCCAACAAGCAGCUUGCUGAGAAGGAAUAUGAGGGGUCAGAGGAUACCAGAAAAACCAUUUCUCAGCUCUUUGCUAAAAAUAAAGAAAAUCAGCGGGAGAAGGAGAAGCUGGAAGCCGAGCUGGCCACUGCCCGUUCUACCAACGAGGACCAAAGGCGACACAUUGAAAUCCGAGACCAGGCCCUGAGCAACGCCCAGGCCAAGGUGGUGAAGCUGGAGGAAGAGCUGAAAAAGAAGCAGGUGUAUGUAGAUAAGGUGGAGAAGAUGCAGCAGGCCCUUGUACAGCUCCAGGCAGCAUGUGAAAAACGGGAGCAGCUGGAGCACCGUCUCCGGACGCGUCUGGAGAGGGAACUGGAAUCCCUCAGAAUUCAGCAGCGCCAGGGCAACUCUCAGCCCACCAACGUUUCAGAGUACAAUGCUGCUGCACUGAUGGAGCUCCUUCGGGAGAAGGAGGAGAGGAUCCUGGCCCUGGAAGCUGAUAUGACUAAGUGGGAACAGAAGUACUUGGAGGAGAAUGUGAUGAGACAUUUUGCUCUGGAUGCUGCUGCGACCGUGGCUGCUCAGAGGGACACAACAGUCAUCAGCCACUCUCCUAAUACCAGCUAUGACACAGCCCUAGAAGCUCGCAUCCAGAAGGAGGAAGAAGAAAUCUUGAUGGCCAACAAGCGUUGCCUUGACAUGGAGGGCAGGAUUAAGACCCUCCAUGCCCAGAUUAUUGAGAAGGAUGCCAUGAUCAAGGUACUUCAGCAGCGUUCCCGGAAGGAGCCAAGUAAGACAGAGCAACUGUCAUCCAUGCGUCCGGCUAAGUCUCUGAUGUCUAUUUCCAAUGCUGGAUCAGGCUUGCUAUCCCACUCUUCCACCCUGACUGGCACGCCUAUCAUGGAAGAGAAGCGUGAUGACAAGAGCUGGAAGGGGAGCCUAGGUAUUCUCCUGGGUGGAGACUAUCGUGCUGAGUCUGUCCCUUCCACACCCUCACCUGUGCCCCCCUCAACUCCCCUGCUUUCAGCUCACUCCAAGACAGGCAGCCGAGACUGCAGCACCCAAACUGAACGUGGAACGGACCCGAACAAAACUGCAGCUGUUGCUCCAAUCUCUGUUCCUGCUCCAGUUGCUGCUGCCGCCACUGCUGCCGCCAUCACUGCCAACGCUGCCACCAACACUGCCACCACUGCCACCAACACCACCACCAUGGUAGCUGCUGCUCCAGCUGCUGUUGCUGCCGCUGCUGCUCCAGCUACUGCUGCUGCUGCCCCGUCUCCAGCAACUGCUGCUGUUAUUGUUGCUGCUGUUUCUCCAGCUGCUGCUGCUCAGAUUCCAGUUUCUGCCUCAGCUGUUGCCGCUGCUGCUGUUGCUCCUGCUGCUGCUGCCGUUCAGGUUGCUCCAGCUUCCCCGGCUCCGGUUCCAGCUCCAGCUCCAACUUCGGUUCCGGCUUCAGCACCGGCUCAGGCUUCUGCUCCGGCUCAGACUCAGGCACCAACUCCAGCUCCGACUGCGGCUCCUAUUCCAGCUCCAGCUCCAACUCCAGCUUUGGCACAGGCUGAGGCUUCUGCAAGUCCAGCUACCGGUACUGGACCACGUCGUUUAUCCAUACCAAGUUUGACCUGCAGUCUGGACAAGACAGAUGGUUCUGUUUUCCACUCCAAUACUCUGGAAAGAAAAGCUCCCAUUCAGAUCCUGGGACAAGAGCCUGAUGCAGAGAUGGUGGAAUAUCUCAUCUGAAUGGCCAAAUCAAGAGCUUCGGUUUAUCAGCAAGAAUGCUUUUAAUCAUUUUUUUCCCUUUUGUUUUUUCUUCUUUUGAGGGUGAGGACAAGGGGGUGGGGGUGGGGAUGUUUUUUAAAGGGCCUUUUUUUUUUUUUUUGGAACAAUAUAAUACUUACGUAAUACCAUACAAACUCCAGUCUAUACUGGUAUACUUAGAGAUACCUCUAAACACAGAUUAAUCAGAAUGUGAUCUAAGGUUUAUUCUUUGAAUUUAUACAAAUACUGGACUGUUAAUGUCUGGAUAUACAUCAAUGCUUUCAAUGUGCUUAAAUUUGUUUAAAAUUUCUGUACAUCAAAUCUUUUUUUAAUUGAAGAACACAGUAUGUGUUGAAGGCAAAUUUGUAACAUGUAGUUCAAAAGUGGGAAGCCAGAGAGAAUUUAUGUAUUUGCUGUUUUGUACAGUUAUCAUCUAGACAGCAUUGAGAGAAAACUUUCUCAUCUGGCUAAUGAAAAGAAAUAGUUCUAGGAGCUUUGUUAGCUGGAGAAAAAGUGGGCAAUAUCAGUCAGUGGUGUGGAAGGGUGCUUGAGCUAACUUUCCCUCCCAAUUUCUUAGCUAUCCUACCCCAAGGUAUUGUGUUCAUCUUAAUUUCAGUGGUGAUUUGGAAGUGAAUUAUGUUGGUUCCCUCAUGGAGGUUCAUACAUUCAUAUAUAUGUUCUGGAGUAAUAUAUGCAUUUGGAUAUUUAACUUAUCGCUUUCAGAUGCUAGGAGAGUAAAUUAACAGAGCAAUGUACAACUUCCUCUCUCAUAGGGAGUUAGAACAUCAGAGGCCUUGAUGAAGAGUUGAUAAGGUGCUGUAUGAAGACUUUUGUGGUCUGUGUGUAGCCAUGAACACAGCUUGCUUAUCUUUCUUAAGACCAAUCAGCUUAGUGUUUAUUUCUACUACCGCACAAAGUCACUGGCUGGGUCACCAGUCUCAAAUUGCUAAUCAUUUGCAGUAAGGAAGCAUUUUUGUUGGCCAGUUUAAUGCUUUGGAUUUCUGGUGACUAAUUUGAAGUAACUCAUUUUGUUUUCUCGAAUUCUCACCUUAAGUCUUAAAAAGGCACAUUUGACUCUCACCUCCAAGGGAAUAGCAUCAGAAACCCAAAAGUACUGUGCUUCAGUCAGGGGAGAGGUUGAUUGCAGCAGUAUCCUCAACUACCUCUUCUCACUGCCAGUUGACUCCAGCUUGGAAUACCGUUGGAAAGCAACAGGAAAUGUGCAUGUGGGCAGGGACCAAAGAAGGAGAUGGCCCCAAGCCUUGUCAUAAGGUUGCCUCCAAGGACUCAGAAGGGGGAUGCCUGUUGCCACAGGUCCCUGCCAUGUGUUGCCUCUGUGCCCUCCAUUAAGGUGACAAAUCCACAGACAAUGUCAUUAAGAUCAGUUUUCAGGGGUUUAGGGAGGGUGAUGGGAGUGGGGGGAUGUUAGAUAAGGGUCGGGGUUAGAGAUUUCGGGGUAUAUUGGUUAGAAACCAGAUUUAUAGAAGGAUAGGCCUUAUAUUUUACAUCAUGAGCCAUAGUGGCUAGGAGGAAUUUUAACAGUAUAGCCCUACCCCCUCAUCUUAGAGAUGAAGAGUCUGAGACCUAGAGAACAUAAGUGACUUUUUUAAGGUCACGCAACACAGCUUACCACUCUGCCAAUUACCAUGCUUAUUUUGGGAAACCCCUAUAUCAAAAAAAGCCUCGUUUUAAGAAAAGGCAUCUUCACGGCUCAGGGCAUAUAUAUUUUCUAAAAUGUCCCUGGCUUGAGUAGUUUGUUCAGAGUUCUGAAUUCCUAUCUUGCCUCUCCUGCAGUGCCUUUUACAAGGUUUUACCUUUCCUGAUCCCCAUCUCAACACUGAGUCACAUGAAAUGCGUCCCCCUAAAUAACUCAUCUCACUUUUCUUGCUAUGAGGUUGAGUGUCUUGGAUCAUCUUAUGGGGUUCCUCUGUGAGUAUAGGAAUGGCAUAUUUAACAAUACUCUUGUGUAGUUCUUAAUUAUCUUCCAAAGGAAUUAACUUUAAAUGUGUGGGGAAAGACAAAGAGGGUGAUAUGAUUUUCAGCCAGUUUUUUCACAUAUUCAAUAAUGAAGUGAUCAUCCUACACAUUUGUCCUCAGUUAAAAAGUGAAUGGCAAAUGGAAAUUAAAAGUGCAGUUGUGUUAAUUCUCAUUCAUACAACCCUUUACUCAUAAGACAAAAAAACUUACAGUAGAAGCAAAAAUAGCAAACUUUAGGAGAACUAAUCUCUAUCCAAAUAAAUACAUUAAACAAAAUCUUUCAUCUUCUCUUUUCCUGGCUGUAACACAUUACCAGAAUUUUUGCUGACUCUGGGAGCCAUGUUUUUAAUCACAUUCUGUAAGGUGACAAAUGUUGUACAUUCCACACUGUGUGGCAGCGAUCUCUUUAGAAUCAUGUAUUUUGGGAAAGGAGGAAGUUCUUGGCUAAGUACUAUUUUGAACUGUCCAAAAUAUCUCCCCCGCUCCGCACUGCAGAGGCAGUCCCUUUCCCCUUAGUUUUUAAUCCCAGAUAAUUUGCUAAGACAAUAUCGUACAGCUAAGAGCUGGAAAGAAGUCCAUGUCAAUGUCAAUGUUUACGAAGAAGGUAGAUUCCGCCUUUUCAGGAAAAUCUCUAAUAGGUGUCAUUUUUUAAAUUCAGGUUUAUGGGAGAAAUCUCAAAUUAGUCACCUUUUCACUAUUGUGUGGAUGUAACAGUUGGGGAUCCUUUGUAGACCCCCACCUAUCUAUGCAUUUUACUGGCACCUCAGGAUAGGAAGGUGGCCUUGUUGUCUUAACUUGUACUGCCUGUUGAUUUCUGGGGAACUUCUAAGUCUGUUGUACCCCAGGGUCCCAUGUAUAGAAAAAAAAAAACUUCAUUAGAAGAAACGUACUUGAUAUAAUACUCCUAUUAACCAUUUUUAUUAAAUAAAAGUAGCUUGAGCAUUCUUUUAAAAUCAUGUAUCUCAAUUAUUGUUUUAAUGAAGGAUUUAUUUGCAAUGCUGCUUUUGAGCUUCAGGGUGACAGGACAGCAGGAAAUGGAAAUAUCUGCCAUCAUCUGCCAUAGGAAACAUACCAAGAGACCUGUUGUAUUUUCUUUUUGUUAUUACACUGUUGGGUGGGUAGAACAAUUGGAAAAUGAACAAACAGAUUGUACAAACUACUUUUUAUGAAGAGCUUAAAUACUCAGAAUGUGGCAGCUUAAAGUGUGUACAUAUGCACUAACUUUUAUAAAUUAUAUGCUCAUGUCUGUUAGCCAUACAAUCUCCUGUUAUCUCAAUUGCUCAUUCACAUAUGGAAUGUGUUACUUAAAAUGUUUACAUUCUUACUGAAAAUGUUUUCACAGAAAGGCAUAAGAUAUGGGCUAAUUGCCACCAAUUUCAGCCUGCCAUGAUUCUUGGAAAUAUAUCUUCCAAGUGCCAUCCAUCAUCAGUAGGACAAGUGUCAGGAGUUUGUUUAUUUUUUCCGGUAGCAACGAUGGGUUACGUAGAGCCAUCAAGCAUCCUUCUGGCCUCCCUUGUGAUUAAUGGCAUGUGUUUGUAAAAUGGAUAGCUGGGGCUGGGAGAUGGCUAGAGAAGAAUCACCUUUGGUUUCAAACUUAUGUAGCCCCCUAAUGACUGAGACCCCCCUUCUGUAAUCAACUGAGCUAGUUCCAAUAAAGUUAAGCAGGUUUAAAUCCACUUUGUGCCUAUCUUUUCACUGACAAUUAAGUUAGUUAUUUUAAAAU